AUGGAUUCGCAGCAGGUUAGGCCUGACCAAGGGCGUGCGCGCGCGAAGUCCAGCGCCUUUAGUUUUCGCAGCCAGGGCUCCCAAGACAACAGCAACAACAACAACAGCAACCACAACCACAACACCAGCUCCACGGGCCCUAAGAGCAAGCACAGUCGCAAAGAGAGCGACAGCGAGCGCCGCAAGACCCACUACGAUCCCACCACCAAGGCGAACCCGAACGCCGCCAUGAACGAAGCCCAGCCCAUCGCUGCUGCGCUCGAGAAGCCCACGCUCCAGUCCCUCCGCUCCUUCCAACACAGCGAUGCCAAUGGCAACUUGAUUGGCGAGUCUUCCGAACCCGACCUCUCCAACCCCACUCGCUCGCGAUGGGAGCGUCCGCUCGACACCAUCCGCUCGUUUGAAGCCGCCAUUGAUGGCGAAUACCGCCGCCGCGCCUCGCAGAUGCACUCGGACCAGACCGACGUCAUGUCCAACUACGGCGGCGCCUCGCGCAGAUCCUCCUACUACGGCGGUGGACCAGACGCCCAGCGCUACUCUUCCAACAGCUACUACGGCAACCAGAGCCACGGACGUCCUCCCCGCGACUCCUACGACAAUGGCUACGGCCAGGGUGGCCCC